GGAGCGCACUAUCAGCGCUGUUCAGCAUCAUUCUGUCUUUAUUGCUCAUUAGAUGUAAAAGAAAAAUAGAAUUACGCAAUAGCGCUGAUAGUGUGCUCCCCGAACGCAGCCACACACAUUGCCGUGAUUAGGAUUCUGGGUUACUACGGUCACAACAAGACACAAGGAGAGAGGAUAUGAUGUGCAGUGGGGAGACUACAACCACGUGAUACACGGCCGUCUUUUCACAGUAGCGUGCCCCAUCUGUUGUCAAGACUCGUGCUCAAGGUGGCACAAUGCGGGCAACUAUCGCGAUCUUUUGCGUUUUCCUCGGCUGCUGCACCAACGUCGUCUUCUUAGAACUGCUUGUCAAAGAUGAUCCUGGCAGCGGAAACCUCAUCACAUUCGCACAGUUCCUAUUUAUAGCUAUCGAAGGAUUUCUGUUUACACACAAGUGUGGGACCGUUAAGCCAAAUAUAGGAAUAAAGGACUAUUUUGUUUUAGUUACAAUGUUCUUUGUCGCCAACGUGUGCAAUAAUUACGCGUUCGAUUUUAACAUUCCUAUGCCGUUGCACAUGAUCUUUAGAGCUGGUUCUCUCAUAGCUAACAUGAUUAUGGGUAUUAUUAUAUUGAAGAAAAUGUAUGCAUUUAGCAAGUACCUGUCAGUAUUUAUGAUUACUUCGGGUAUAGCGAUUUGCACAAUUGUCAGCGGAAAGGAGAUAAAGUCGCUGCGGCAAAAGAAUGCGGACCAGGUGCCCACAACGCCGUUGGAGGAUCUCUUCUGGUGGAGUUUAGGCAUAUCUCUGCUAACAAUUGCGUUAUUUGUGUCCGCCAGAAUGGGCAUCUAUCAGGAAACGCUGCACAAACGAUACGGCAAAAAUGCGCGAGAGGCAUUAUAUUAUACGCAUUUGUUGCCUCUGCCAUUCUUUUUAACAUUAGCACCCAAUAUUUACGAUCAUUGGAAGUUCGCGCUCGCAUCGGAAUCGUUGAAAUUGCCUCUGCUCGGCUUACACAUGCCAUCGUUGGUCGCGUAUUUGAUUGGGAAUAUUUUAACACAAUACAUGUGCAUCAGUUCUGUAUUCGUGUUGACCACAGAAUGCAGCUCCCUCACCGUCACGCUGGUAAUAACGCUGCGGAAGUUUCUGUCGCUAUUGUUCUCUAUAGUCUAUUUCAAGAAUCCAUUUACCAUAUAUCACUGGAUCGGCACACUGCUAGUCUUCGUGGGUACGAUUAUAUUCACGGAAGUGGUGCCAAAGAUCACGGAAAGCUUGCGAUCUGUAUCCAAGACGAAGAAAACGGAAUAAAAAUUUAAUGUAAACAUUGCGACAUAAAUAAAACGUUUACAUAUAUCAUCACGUUUGCAUAUAUGUUAAACGUAAACAAAAUGUUUACGUUUAACAAAUCAUAUGAUAUUCGAGAAAAUUUUCUCUUACGCGCUUUUGUUCGUCAAAAAACAAAUUGUCUUGAAUGCGUUUAAGACCGAAAUAGAAUAAAUGGUGCCGUCCGCGUUAUUUUGUACAAAUUUAUAAAGCUUUUUUUUUGUGAUAUAUUAAUUCUACCUCACAAUGUUAGAUUUACGUCAAUUCAAACGUGAAUUUCUGUUUGCUCGCAUGUAAAAUUGAUUGAGAAAUCAUUAAUAAAUGUAUAAAAAGAGUCAAUUUUAA